AUGUCCAGCAUAGAACUCAUAAACCCCAAGGCUGAGUCUAUUAGAAGGACACAGGCCCUCCAGGUCAACACUGCGGGUGCGGUGGGCCUUGCGAAUGUCGUCAAGUCCAACUUGGGUCCCCGAGGAACUAUCAAGAUGCUGGUGGACGGCUCAGGCCAGAUCAAGAUGACCAAGGACGGAAAGGUGCUCUUGUCUGAGAUGCAGAUCCAGAACCCCACAGCUGCCAUGAUUGCCCGAACUGCCGUAGCUCAGGACGAGCAAUGCGGUGACGGUACCACCUCUGUGGUCCUUCUCGUUGGCGAGCUCUUGAAGCAGGCGGACAGGUAUAUCCAGGAAGGUGUGCACCCCCGAGUGGUUGGUGAUGGUUUCGACAUUGCCAAGAAGGAGGCCUUGUCUUUCCUCGACUCUUUCAGGCAAACCCCCAAACUCGACCGUGCCAACCUCAUCUCCGUCGCCAACACCUCCCUCUCCACCAAGCUCCACACCCGACUCGCUACAAAACUCUCUGCCGACGUCGUCGACGCCGUCCUCGCCAUCCAGCCCCCUGCCCCUUCCUCCGAGAACGAGUACCGCGAACCGAUCGACCUGCAUAUGAUUGAAAUCAUGAAGAUGCAGCACAAGACGGAUACGGAUACCACUUUGGUCAGGGGUCUGGUGAUGGACCACGGUGCGCGACACCCCGACAUGCCCAAGCGCGUCGAGAAUGCGUACAUCCUGACGCUCAACGUCUCGCUCGAGUAUGAAAAGACCGAGGUCAACUCUGGUUUCUUCUACAACUCUGCCGAGCAGCGUGAGAAGCUUGUCGAGUCGGAGCGACGAUUCGUCGACUCCAAGCUCAAAAAGAUUGUCGAGUUGAAGAAUGCGGUGUGUGAUGUGGCUAUUGGGUCCAACGAGAAGCCCAAGAGCUUUGUGGUGAUCAACCAGAAGGGUAUCGACCCUAUGAGCUUGGAUGUCCUCGCGAAGAAUGGUAUUUUCGCCCUGAGGCGAGCCAAGAGGAGAAAUAUGGAGCGUCUGCAAUUCGCUUGCGGUGGUGUUGCCCAAAACUCUGUCGAAGACCUCACCCCCGACGUCCUCGGUUGGGCCGGUCUCGUCUACGAGCACACCCUCGGCGAGGAAAAGUACACCUUCGUCGAAGACGUCAAGGAACCCAAAUCCGUCACCAUGCUCAUCAAAGGCCCCAACGCCCACACCAUGACCCAAAUCCAGGACGCCCUCCGAGACGGAUUCAGAUCCAUCAAGAACGGUAUCGAGGACAAGGCUCUUAUCCCUGGUGCGGGCGCGUUCGAGCUCGCCUGUGCGGCCCAUUUGGCCGAUAAUGCCAAGACGCUUGCGAAGGGUAGGGCCAAGUUGGGUGUGCAGGCGUUUGCGGAGGCAAUGUUGGUCAUUCCCAAGACUUUGGCGGCGAAUGGAGGGUUCGAUGUGCAGGAUGCUAUUGUGGGGCUGCAAGAGGAGCUGGCAGAGGCCGGUGAGGGCGGUAGUGUGGGGUUGGACUUGAAGAGUGGAGAGCCGAUGGAUCCUGUUGCUGAGGGUGUCUGGGAUAACUACAGGGUGAAGAGGCAGAUGUUGCACGGAGCCGCGACUAUUGCCGUCAACCUGUUGAACGUUGACGAGGUGUUGAGGGCGGGUAGAUCAUCGCUCAAGCAGGAAGGCCCCGGCCCUUAG